GUGAAUGUUGAUAGUGGAAUGCACCAUUAGUAUCUUUUUAUCAAAUUGAGUUUUAACUCAUGAAAUUUUUAACUCCUGCAAACGAUUUGUUUUGUUUCUUUGAGAGAAAUGUUCAUAAGGAUCGUGCUUUAUCAAUGUUCAAAACGUAAAUUAAUCAAUCCAUUAAAUCUUUUGUACAUUAUAUAUGUAAGUUAGUAAUUAUGUCGGAUUCUGAAGAUGAUUAUAUGUCGUUUAAAGUUUUGGUGGAUAGCAAAGAUGACGUACGUCCAAGUCUUUUAUUUAAUAGAGAAAAACGUAAAAUGGAUGUGUUUAAAAAGAAAAUUGAAGCCUCAAAUAAACGACAAAAAUCCUUAGUAGAACUUGAAAGAGAAAACCGAGAAAUGGGCUUAAAUACUGCCAUAUCUGACGAAAAUAAAGGAUUCAAAUUACUGGAAAAAAUGGGUUUUAAACAUGGAGAAAGUCUUGGAAAAAAUAAAAGUGGCAUAAAGGAACCUAUUGAUAUUGUUAUAAAACAAGGAACAUCAGGUAUUGGUCGUGAAUCUCAUCUAAAGGAAGUGUUAAAUAAAAAACAGCAAAGGAAAAUAAGUUAUUUAAGGCAUUAUGAAACUCAGUUCCACUUAGCCAAUAAAGAAAGAAAGAACUUAGCACAAAUGAGAAAAGAUUUCUUUAAAGCACAGAAAAUAUGUGAAGAAUUAGAUUUUCGAGCUAAAGUCAAAGAUCCUAUUGAAGAUUUCUUUUGGACUAGAGACACUAUCAAAAAAAGAAAGAAAUUGGAGAGAGAUGAGAUUUAUGAAGAUACAGACAGUAGUAGUGACGAUGAGGAAUUUGAGACAAAUAUCAGUGAAGAGAAUUUGUUCACAUUAAUAGACUAUCUCAGAAAGAAACACUUAUACUGUAUUUAUUGUGUAAUUACGGGUAUUGAUAUCAAAGACCUCGAGGAAAAUUGUCCUGGUCCCUACAGAAUUGAUCAUGAUGAUGAGUAAUAUACAGAAACAUUAUUAGAUUGUUUUUAUUUUAACUUUUUUCAAGAGACUUAUAGUUAUUUAUUUGUAACUGUUAUUAUAUAAAUUGAGAUUUUGA